AUGAAGUACAUCGUCGCCAUUAUUGCUCUCGCCACUGCCGCCAACGCAGUUGGUUGCUGGCCAUCGAUUGCGUGCCACAACGGAGGCGACGAUACCUGCAACAGAGUAUGCAUUCGUCAGGGCAAUCCCAAGGGAGGACGCUGUCUCCCAAGAGACGGCUGCCCAGGCUCCAACAUUUGUGCUUGCUUCCCACGGAAGCGCAGUGCUGGGGCCAUCGACGGCGAUGAAGCACUCAUCAACGACCCAAACCUCUACGCUGAAGUCUUUGGAUCUGACGCCAAGCCACCAGAGAAGCGGUCCGAAGAGCCCGUCAACGAAGUUGUCUCCAGAGAUGCCGCUCAUGCUGCGGUUGCAGAUAUUGUCUCUCGAGACGUCGAUGCUCGAUCUCUUUGCUGCAGUCUCUUGCCGCCUGCUAAGGGUCUCUGCUGCGACCAGCACUGCACUCAUAUUCAGUUCCCUGGUGGACAGUGCUCUGAUAAGGACAUUUGUGUCUGCAACCCUCGACCAUAA